CCUUCUACUCAUUAUUUGUAUUCGGCACGUAAUAAUAAAAUUACCAUUAGCCCACUCUUCCCCCUGUUCGUCGGCGGUCACCAAACACCAGAAUCAGUUCUCAAGCACUAGAGAGAAGGGAGGGAGGGUGGAGAUGGCGUCAGGGUGGGGGAUCACGGGGAACAAAGGGAGGUGCUACGAUUUCUGGACGGACUUCAGUGAGUGCAUGUCUCGUUGCAGGGAGCCCAAGGACUGCUCUCUCCUCAGGGAAGACUACCUCGAGUGCCUCCACCACUCCAAGGAGUUUCAACGAAGGAAUCGGAUUUACAAGGAGGAGCAGCGUCAAAUAAGAGCAGCUGCACGAAAGGCCAAGGAAGGUGGAGAUGAUGUCGGAAAGAGUCAUGCUUAGGGCCAUACUGGAUCAUCUUUUUGGAGCUUGAGUAAUAAAGAUCCAUUUUUCAGCUGUAAUUUGAUGUGGACUACAUACAAUGUCCCACCUGUUGUUCUUGUAACCCUGUUUUCUGUUUUCACUGAAAUUGUAUGGUUUCUAUUGAUGUUCUGGUUGGUGUUUGUCAAAUGGAACGGCAAGUUCAGUUUUGCUUUGAGACACCACUGAACAGUGCUGUUGUUUCAUAA